CUCUAUCCACUUGUGGCGCUAUUUGUGUUCCAUUUAUAACACCAUUGUUAUUUUUAAAAACCCUAAUUCUAUGAAUUUAAACGUAAAAUAGUAAACACUUUUGGAAACAUCUAUACUAAAUAAUUGUUUAUUUCCAAAAUCAAUUAUGAUAAGUCUUACACAUGUGCAACGUGUACGAAUGUUAUACAAAAUGAUUUUGAGGUUACAUCGUGGAUUACCAGUAGAAAUGCAAUCUCUUGGAAAUGAUUACGUUCAUGAUGAAUUUAGAAGACAUAAAACGUGCAAUCCUACUGAAUCACAUAUUUUUUUAAAUGAAUGGACGGAUUAUGCAUUAUCAUUAGCUAAACAACUUGGAUUGCGUGGACCAAAAACAUCACAACCACUAGGAAAGAGUUUAAAAGAAGAAGAUUUGAAUAAAUUAAAGGACGAACAAUUACAUCAAUUGUAUGAAUUAAUGGUAGCAGCAACAGGAAAAUCUGGAAAUAAAUGAAAUAAAUCCUAAAUUCAAUAUUUGUGAACGUAAAGUAAAGAAUAGAAAGAUAUUAAUUUAAGAUAUUCUCAAAUAUCUCUAUUACCUAUUUCAAAUAAGAUGCACACACAAAUGUUAUAUUAUUUAAAAGAAUUGAGAUUUAAAGAUUCUAUUUUUUUAGUUAUGUAAUUAUAAGUACUAUGUACUAUAUGCUUGACGUUUAGUAUACUUUUACAUUAUAUAGUUUGGAUUUUAAAACAUAAUAGUAUUUUAUAAACGUAUAAUGAAAUAGGAAUUGAAUCUAUCACUUCUUAAAUAUUUUAGAUCGAGACUGUGAAUCGAUAAAUAUCGAUAUUAUUUAUAAUUAAAGUAGUGUUAAAAAGGUUAGGUAAUUAUAAACUUUUCGUUUAAUUUCUAGUAAAAAAUCUAUUUGUGAUAUUUAAAUUUACAAAAGAAAUUAUAUUAAAUAACGAAAGAUGAAAGCUUGGAAAGAAUCAGCAAGUUUAAUUCUAGCUGCACGUAAUGGAAAAAAAUAUAAUCGAGCUUUGCCACCUGUAGUUGUGAGUUCACAAAUAAUUAAAUAAAUAAAUUUUGUUUUGAUUUACAAUGAUAAA